AUGCUGAUAAUCCUCUUCCUGUCGGAUCUAUUCACUCCAUUUACAGAUUAUGGGACAAUAACAAGAUACCAAUCAAGGAUGAAGACUUUAGAAAUGAAGGAAGAAAUACAAAAGAUUAUCGAAUCUAACAAUAUUGUUUUAUUUAUGAAAGGAACACCACAAAGACCUGAAUGCGGAUUUUCUGGUGCUGUUGUUCAAGUUUUGAAACUCUACGAUGUUGAAUAUCAUUCCGAAAAUAUGAAUAAGGAUACCAUGAUGAAGGAAGCUUUGAAGGAAUAUUCCGAUUGGCCAACAAUUCCUCAAUUAUAUGUUAAUGGUAAAUUUAUUGGUGGAAGUGAUAUUGUUUUGAAUUAUCAUAAGAAUCACGAAUUCCAAGAUGUUUUGGAUGGUAAAUUGUAA